CCUUCCUGCAACCUUUUCAUCCUCAGGUCCCCCCCUCCGCCUGGGGCCGGCGAGAGGCGAGGGUCGCGGUGACCUGGGCUGCGGAAGAAACUGGAGAAGGGGGCCGCAGCAGGGUCCCGGGGCAGUCGCAGCCGCCCCAGGAGUAGGAGGAGGUGGAGGAGGAGGAAGCAAGAAAGAAAAACAUUGGCUGCUUCUUUCCCCCCAAGGCAGCUCUGCAGAGUUGGAGGUCCAUAAGAUCUGAGACGCAUCUGGCCUAACCUUAAAUUCCACAAUGACGACUUUGCCACCCGUGCAGAUAGAAUACUCAAAGCUUGCACUCUUAACAAGAAAGAGGACAACGUGUUCCCCAGCAGGUCUCACAAAGGCUCAAUUGCUAAAAAUUAAAGAUGAGACAGAUAAGUAUCUAGAAUUGAAAUGGAAAGGAUUGACAAAAGAAGAGGCAGCUGGGUAUCGGAAUUCAUACAAGAAGAACAUUUGUAUAGACAUGCUGCAACAUGGUCAUCAUAAAUCCUUCUGUGAGCUCUUUGCCCUGAUCAAGAAGUGGCACGCCUUAAGGGAAGCCGGAGGGAUUCGGUCCAUAUUCUGGAUGCAGACGCCCCUGGAGGAGCUGCCCGAGAAACUGGACCAACUGUACUUCUUCCUGACCAAGGCUGAAGAUGCUGAACUCGCAGAUCACUAUGAAGAAAUGUACAAUCACAUAUUUGCUUUGGCCUGUUACUUCGACAACCCGGAUGACAAGUGGUUGAGGAAUUACUUUUAUGAACGGUGUUUUAAUAUUGCUCAGCUGAUUAAGGCCGACGGUGGGAGGAAGGAAGCAGAAGCCUACUCACACAUGGGUCUUCUCUACGAGGAAAAUGGUGAGCUUGCAGAAGCAGCUGAGCAUUAUGAAAUCUUCCAUGAAAUGACUGAGGGACGGCUAUGGAAAGAUGCGAAUGGCCACACGCUCAGCUCCAUGGCCUGUGAAAAUCUCCGGCGGAUUUACACGAUGCUCGCAGAAAGAAUGCUGAAUGACAAACAUUACAAACAGGCCAUCUGGACUCUACUGAAAGCUUGUGAAAAAGCCAAAGAAGGGGGUGACAAAAAGAUGGAAGGAGAAGCUGCCUUUGCUUUAGGCUUAGCGUAUCAUGAAGCUGGAGAUUUCGAACUGGCAAAAUCAGCUCUCAACGUCUUCUCAGAUAUCUCUAUAGCCCUAGACGAUGCUAUUGGCCUAAGUAGGGCCUAUGAAGCCAUAGCCAAGGUCCUAGUAAGCCAAGGUAACAUGAUCGAAGCCCUUGCUUACUUGGAAAAAGUUGUGGAAAUUGCAAAAAAUACUUACCAAAAACGACGAAUGGUAGAAGCCUGUACGAUGCUUGGGGACAUUUACAAUGCGAAAGGAUUCUAUACAAAAGCCUGUGAGUUCUUUAAGCAAGCUUUUGAUACAACCACUGAGUUCAUGGAUAUCCCGCUGGUGGACGAGACCAAAGUCCACUAUGGAAUUGCCAAGGCUCACCAGAUGAUGAUAGCAGUCAACAGUUACAUAGAAUGUGCUGACUUCAGCAGCAUCAGUCACCUUCUGACCUGGAAGAAGAACCGAAGCUACGUUUUCCCAGAACCCACUGUUGAGCAGUCUAGAGGUUCCAGAGACCAGAGGCAUUCCAGUGUACGCUCAAAACAGGAGUCAAAUGCUGACAGCUGUCAGGAGAAGGAGUGUGAUUCUUGAAGUGGGAUGGACAGCCAGAAAUCAAGAAGAUAUAAAAUCACCUUGAACCUUGAGAAUUUUAUUAAGAUAGGAAUAUCAGUGUAGGCAUAGGCUGGCACAAUAAAACCCACCAUGAUUAUGUUUUUAUACAAUCGUGCAAUUCACAGGAAUCACCAAUAUGGUAGUCUAGACUAUUGAAAUCCAUGAAAAUAAAAUGCCCCCCCCACACAAAGACUAGGGAAAAAAAUCACUUAGUAAGAAAAUAAAUGACAACAUUAAAACUGUCAUUUUUUUCUUCUGCCUCAAGAAUAGUGACACUAGGAAUUAAAAGUAUAGUUAAUUGUUUCACAUAACAAAAUAACUGUAAGUAGAUCAAUUUAAGGCUUCUUCUAAGCUAACCCCCCAAAAAAGUACUUGCUAAAAUUCCAGAGAUGCUUUUCUGUAAGGAAUGAAUCUUUUUGCAAAAAGUAGCACUCUGUUCUUCAGGGCUGUUGCAAAUAAUUCAUUGCCCUGUGUAGAAAACCCAUUGUCUGUUGUCUUAGCUAAUGAUAUGUAGCCUCCUCUGCCCAGAUUAAUAGUGAUCAAGUGCAAUCAAGACUUAUAGAAAUCUAGAGUCUGGAGAUCCUUAGAAAAAUCUCGGGCUCCUCUCCCUGAUAAGCCCAGCAGGUUAGAAGGUUUAGUUGAAGUGAGUAGUAGAAGUCACUGAUAAUUUUUUUUAAGUACAGGAGAUUUUUGGU